AUGGCCAUCUCAGAAUGGACAGGCAAGCCAUUGAGCCUGAAGGUCAUCGGCACCAAUGCCGGGACCUCCAUGGACGGACUUGACAUUGUACAUAUGCACUUCACACAAGACAGUCCCACCAGUCCCCUAAAAGUCCAGCUGCUCCAUGCGGGAGAGGUGGCCUUCGACGGUGACCUCAAGAAGCGAGUGAUGAGACUGAUCAAGGAGAAUAAAACAACCCCCGAAGAGAUUUCGAUUGUGAACAUCCAAUUGGGAGAGUUCGCCGCCAACGCCAUCAUUCAAUUUGCCCAGGAACAAGGUUUCAGUUUGGAGAAUGAUGUGGACAUCAUCGCUGGUCAGGGUCAGACGAUAUGGCAUCUGCCUCUCCCCGAAAUGUUCGAGGGGAACCCACAACGAGCUCACCUCGAUAUGGCGGAAAUCUCCAUCAUCGCUGCAAAGACUGGUAUCACCAGUCUUUCAAACUUCCGUGUCAGUGACAUGGCGCUUGGAAGACAAGGUUGCCCCCUUUUUGUGGCUUGGGAUGGACUAUCGGCAACACACCCAACCAAGAACCGAGCUGUCCAAAAUAUUGGUGGCAUCGCCAACAUCACCAUGCUACCAAAGGGCGACAUUCAACAAGGCUACGAUUUCGACACGGGCCCGGGAAACGUUUUCAUCGAUGCCGCUGUUCGCUACUUCACAAACGGGAAGCAGCAAUACGACAAGGAUGGCAAGAUGGGCGCUGCCGGUAAAGUGGAUCAAUCGAUUGUUGAUGAGGUGUUGGCCGGUCCUUAUUUCGUGCAUGACAUCCCCAAGACAACGGGUCGGGAGACUUUCGGCGACACAAUGGGCGAAGACAUCUGCGAGCGAAUGCUCGCAAAGGGGGCUAGCCCAGAAGACUGUGUGGCCACAAUUACUCGAAUUACUGCGAAGGCCCUAGCUGAUGCCUACGAGAGAUGGGGCCCGAAAGGAGGUAUUGACGAGAUCUAUCUUGGUGGUGGAGGAUCUUACAACCCGAACAUUAUUAACUAUCUGCGAGAGCGGAUGCCCAACACCAAGAUCGCCUUCCUCGAUGAGAUAGGGGUUCCGACAGGGUCGCGCGAGGCAAUGAGCUUCGGCCUUAAAGGUCUCGAGUGCAUUCUAGGCCGAUCCUUGGUGGUGCCCCAGAGAGUCGAAUCUUCCCGAGCUGGCAUCAUCGGUCAUAUCCAGCCUGGCUCAGGGCUAGCAUAUCAUCGGUUGAUGAAGCAUGUACAAGAUUUCUGGGGUAACUAUCCAUUAGAGAAGAGGAUGGAUCCUGUGCUGGAGAUGGAAAUAGUGCGACCGACCGCAAAUGGAACAAAUGGAGUCAAUGGCCAUCAUUAG